AUGGAUGACAUUGUAUUCGGAUCAACAAUUGAUCACCUUACUCAAGAAUUUUUAGAAGAAAUGAAGAAGGAAUUUGUGAUGAGCAUGGUGGGGGAGCUAAACUACUUCUUAGGUCUUCAAGUGAAACAACAGAAAGAUGGGAUAUUCAUUUCCCAAGAGAAAUAUGCCAAAAAUCUCAUAAAGAGAUUUAGUUUAGAGUCCAAGAAGCAUGCAUCCACUUCAAUGAGUUCCUCGGUAAAACUGGGCUUCGAUCUAGCCAGUGUAGAAGUAGAUCUAACACUCUAUAGGAGCAUGAUUGGCAGUCUCCUUUACCUCACUAUGAGUAGGCCGAACAUAGCCUUUAGUGUCGAGGUUUGUGCACAUUUUCAGGCAGCUCCCAAAAAGUCUCAUCUGACAUCGGUCAAAAGAAUCAUCUGUUAUGUCAAUGGUACAUCCAACUAUGGGAUUAGGUACUCAAGAGAUUCAAAUGACUGCCUAGCUGGAUACUCAAAUGCUGAUUGGGCCAAGUGUGUCGAUGAUAGGAAGAGCACCUCAGGAGGUUGCUUCUAUCUCGAAAAUAAUUUGGUGUCUUGGAUGAGCAAGAAACAAAAUUCAGUGUCUCUAUCAACGGUUGAAGCAGAAUAUAUUGCAGUAGGGAGUUUUUGUGCUCAACUAUUGUGGAUGAAGAAACUACUUCAUGAUUAUGGAAUCUCUCAAGACAAUAUGUUCGUCUUUUGUGACAACAUAGUGCCAUCAAUCUAUCCAAAAACCUUGUUCAACAUUCAAAGUCUAAACAUAUCGAAAUUUGAUAUCAUUUCAUUUGAGACUUGGUAG